AUGGCUUCGUAAUAACUUAUGUAGUUCUUAUAGAGUCAUGAGAAUCAUAGGUUUAAUGAGAUGAAACUGAUCGAGCAAGAAUAAUAUUAUAUCAAUCUCUUGAAGGAGCAAAGGGAAAAGAUGGAAUUAUUGAAAAAUGAGUUUUUAAAGAAGGAUCAAGUGAUAGUGGAUUUACAGUGUUAAGUAAACGAAUUGUGGGAAGAGAAUGAGCGACUGAAGGAGGUGCAUUAGAGUUCUAUAAAAAAGAAGGAGCAGGAUUUUUAUCGGAUGAAUAAAUUGUAAUUAGAAAAAGACAGUUUAAUAAAAGAUAUGAUCGAAUUGAAGGAUAUGAUAGAUCAUUUGAGAUAAGAAAAUGACACUCUGAAUACAUUUUACUUAAAGAACGAAGAUUAACAAAGAUAAUUAUAAGAAUAAUUAAUUCUUUUAGGAGAAGAGAAUAGCAGAUUGAAGACUGAGAUAUUAAAGUUGGAUGAGAUCCUAUUUUCAUGUGAACCCAUGAGGGUUGAGAAUGAGAAGUUGUAGGAAAAAUUAAAAUACUAUAAAUUAGAGAAGAGGAAACUUCAUUAGGACAUGAAGUAAAGCAAACAAGAGAUCAAUAAACAAAUAGAGGAAUUUAAGUAGGUGGUAACCAAAGAUUUUAAAAAUGAAAUGGAAAGACUAUAAGAGUACAAAGAGUGUUAUUAAUAAUUAAAUUAAAAAGUGCAGGAUUUAGAGGAGAGGUGUAGGAGUUUAACUGAUGAAAACGAUCAAUUGAAAUAAGAGAUCUAAUCCUUGUAUUAGAAGGAGGAGAGUGAUAUCAAAAUCAAGUCUGAAAUUGAUAGGGUCAGAUAAGAUCUAAUGUCAGUAAGAUAGUAGGAAACACAAAAAUUGUAGGAACUAUUUAAUGGGAUGAUAAGUUUGAGCAGUUUAGCAAACUCAAGGGAAUAAUUUUAUUGA